UGAUGAUUCUUCAAAAUAUUUUCUUCCGAAAUGAGGUCUUUUCUUCCAAAGUACGUAUACAAAGGUUCCCAAAAUGUCAAUAAAAGAAAAUAAAGACCUUACUUCUUCCUCGGAAUUACACUGUGAGCUUAUUUCAACAGAGAAUCAAGGUUGUGACCACUCGAAACCCUUUUUGCUCAUCAAAGGAUACGAGCAAGAUGUUAAAGGAUCUCUGAACAAAUCUCUUAAAAACAUUCCUAUUAUGAGAGAAAGUAACUCUUCACGUGAUGAGAAGUAUCCAAUCACAGACAGUCCUCCGGAAGAACAAACAGACUUAUCCUCCAAGCCAUCAAACAGCAAUCUUCCUAGGCAGGGAAAAUUCAUAAGCUGUGAAAUAUUGCCCUCUACGCAGGAACUUUCAGGGCAAAAGGAGGAAGUUAAGGAACUCGUUACUUUUAGAAGAUACAGUGCGCCACCGAAUGGUAUCAAACACGUAUCUUUGGAGAAAGCUGUAGAUUAUGAAAAUCACUCUGCCUCCUCUAGAAGUCCGGCAACUAAAAGACACUCUCUUCUUCAUCGAGGUGAUACCAGCCUCAGUCUCGACAACAGUGGCUUUCAACGUUGCCUGCCACAAUGUAUGCGUUUUGUCUUCGCAGAUCACGGAGCAGAACGUUUGUACAAAGAAUAUUACCAAAACGAGAAAAGGAACGACUUCAAAUUAUGCUUAGCUAUAAUCUUCCUAGUCAACUUAGUGCUUCUAUGUUUCCAUAGUUACUCAUUUCGUCUUUCUCGUAUAUAUCAUCUGAUCGUGCUCAUUCUUGUGGGGUUAGUAGACGUAGGCUCCUUCCUAAUGUGCACCUUCAAAGACUUGCCCAGUUGGACAUGGAUCGUGAUUCCUUUUAUUGCUUGGUUCCUCCAGGUGGUGCAGGUUUUAUGUGACAUGUGGAUUUACCAGGUACCCAUCAUGCCUAGUGACUCGGUCCCGUGGGUUCUUCUGUAUUCCUAUUUAAUUUACGUCCUUUUUCCUGUUAGAUUACGUGUUUGCAUAAUCUUGGGAGUUGUUAUGACUGCAUUCCAUUUGCUUCUUGUGGUGUCCUCACCAGGAAAAACAGAAUAUAUUGGCAACCAGGUAGGAGCCAAUCUUUUCUUGUUUUUCUGCGUUAAUGUUCUAGGAGUUGUAUCCUUCUUUUUUGCUGAACGGCAGCAGAGGCAGGCCUUCUUAGAAACCCGCCAAAGUCUAGAGGCCAAAUUAAUUCUAGAGGAAGAAUCUCAGGAGCAAGAGAGAUUGCUACUGUCUGUUCUACCUCAGCACCUAGCGGCUGAAAUCAGACAGGAUCUGGGAGCUGUUGUCACGGGCCAAUUUAAAAAGAUUUAUAUGAGCCGUCAUGAGAACGUCAGUAUCUUAUUUGCGGAUAUUGUUGGUUUCACUGCGAUAUCUUCGACCUGUCCGGCUGCGGAACUUGUGAGAACUCUCAACGAGCUGUUUGCACGAUUUGACAAGCUAGCAGAGAAAUACCAUCAACUUCGAAUAAAAAUUCUAGGAGAUUGUUACUACUGUAUCAGUGGCGCCCCCGAGGAAAGGCCUGACCAUGCUGUGUUAUGUGUACACAUGGGCCUGAGUAUGGUGGAUGCUAUUAG